UCCUGGACAGUGUUCUUCAAUUCAUUGCAACGAGCUAAUUGGCAAGUUAGAGGACGUCGAGCUUACCACCUCACCAUGUACAAAGCACGGGGAGCUACCAUCAUCCUUCCAUGGGAGCGCACAGCGUCCUCCUCAGAAUCGCAUCCAUCAAAGCUGAUCCCCAUGGUCGAUUCAGUGUCAGGAGGGUUCCAAACGUCGCCAGAGGCCGUGUUGUCAGGCAUGUCAAGGAAGGGGCCCAUCUGGGGCUCGCCGUUCCCCUUGAAGAAGGAUACGUCUGGAUGCAGGUAGUACAGAAUUCUCUGAGGGAGGACCUUGAAGAAC